CCGCCGAGGGGACGCUCCGCCCCGCGCCGCCGCCGUCUCGGUGCCCGCCGUGACCUUCGCCCCCGGCCACGUGACCGCCGGGGGCGGAAGAGGCGGUGGGGACAUGGCCAAGUACCUGGCACAGAUCAUCCUGGUGGGGGCCCAGGUGGUGGGACGGGCCUUCAUGCGGGCGCUGCGCCAGGAGUUCGCAGCGAGCCGGGCAGCAGCCGAUGCACGAGGACGCUCCGAGAGGCCCCAGUCUGCUGCCGCCUCCAGGAUCAUCGGCAUCAGCCUCCAGGAAGCUCAGCAGAUCCUCAACGUCUCCAACCUCAACCCUGAGGAGAUUCAGAAGAACUACGACCACUUGUUCAAGGUGAACGACAAGUCUGUGGGAGGCUCCUUCUACCUGCAGUCCAAGGUGGUGAGAGCCAAGGAGCGGCUGGACGAGGAGCUCCGCAUCCAGGCCAAGGGCGACAAGGAGAAGGAGCGGAAAGCUGAGACGUGACUCCCGCCACCCCUGGACCCCGUGUCCCUCUCACCCUUAACUUAUAGGUGGCCAAUAAACACCGUGUCCUCCAGCA